GGCAGAUCAUACACAAAGCUCCAACUGCAACACCACAUUAAUGGGACUCAGUAGUUACCUGCACCCCUGGAUCCUGUUGUUCAUGGCAGCCUCAGGGUCUGUCUCUUGCUCAAGGAAUGUAUCGGGCACUGUGGGCAAAUCUGUGACUCUUCCAGUGACUCUGACUCUGCCUGCACAGAGGUCGAUACAGUGGAAGUUUAAUAAUGAUUUUAUUGCGACUGCGCAGCCGAACGGUAUCCCCUUUUAUUAUGGUGCCUACGAAGGCAGAUGCCACCUGUAUGAGAACGCAGCUCUCCAGCUGGACAAUCUCACUCCCGCUGAUACGGGGGAAUAUACACUCUCUGUAAUCCCAUCAAGUGGAGCAACACAAACAGAAAUGAUUUAUCUCUCAGUUUACAGUGCUGUAACAUCUGCAGAGAAUGUAGCUGGGACUGAGGGCAAAUCUGAGUAUCUCACAGUGAAGUUGGAUCUCCCUGCAAUGUGGCAGGUAACAUGGAGGGUUAAUUCCAGCACUCAGAUUGUAACUGUAUCGACUGGCGGAUCUCCCAUUUAUACUGAUAGAUACAGAAACAGAAGCCACCUGUAUGAUAAUACAACUCUCCGACUGGACAAUCUCACUCCCACAGAUACAGGGGAAUUUUCACUCACUGUCACCAACCUGAACAAUGGAACCACAAUGACAGGAUCAGUUUAUCUCACAGUUUACAGUGCUGUAACAUCUGCAGAGAAUGUAGCUGGGACUGAGGGCAAAUCUGUGUAUCUCACAGUGAAGUUGGAUCUCCCUGCAAUGCGGCUGGUAACAUGGAGGGUUAAUUCCAGCACUCUGAUUGUAACUGCAUUGACAGGCGGAUCUCCUUCUUAUACUGAUAGUUACAGAAACAGAUGCCACCUGUAUGAUAAUACAACUCUCCGACUGGACAAUCUCACUCACGCAGACACAGGGGAAUAUUCACUCUCUGUCACCAACAACCAGAACACUGGAGUCAUACAGACAGGAUCAGUUUAUCUCACAGUUUACAAUUCCAGUGACCUAUCCCCUGGUGCAAUAGCCGGCAUUGUGAUCGCUGUCCUAUUUGUUGUAGCACUGAUACCUCUCACCAUCUUCUUCAUUCUCCGCAAGAAACAUAUCAACAAGACUCCAAUGCCCACAAAUCCUGUAUAUGAGAAUACAGGCCCUCACGCACCAAACACAUAUGACAAUGUCAUUGCAGGAUCAAAGGAGAACAUGGCAGGAAGUAAGCCUCAGGAAUCCAGCUAUCAGGAACUUCAAUUCCCGCAUAAUAAUGUGUAUAGUCAUUUACGGAAAACUCCCAGAAAAUAAUACAGAUUAGUCUCAAUGCUGAUAAUUCAACCCAGUUCCUAGUAUUGGAGCACACAAACUGGGGACCAGAACACAGCGGGACAAAACGAGAGUCAGAAAAAGUUAUUCAUUUCCCCAGACAGUAUUUAAAGAAGCUCAGUGCCUCAGAGACAAAAGUGGCAUGUUUACCUAUUCUGCUCUGUUUUAGUGAAAUGUUAUACUUAAUGUGUGAUAUUAUUAAUUCUGUAUCCCUUUUAUUCUGUAAAGUGCUGCAGGAGACAACGAUGGAAUGUACAUAAUAAUAAAAUGAAGGGACUUACAAGCAUUGUACAUACACACAAACAUAGAGGGGAAUGAAACUAUAAUUUAUGUACAUGUUGCUGUGAUAAUUAAUGUGAAUCAUCUAUAAAUAUUUGAUGUAUUCCUUAA